AUGAAGAUGCGCAGCGGCCUUGCCUCGUGGCCCCACGACGCCAGCGUCGAGGUGAACGAUCUCGACGAGGUGGUGCUGGUGGGUGGGUCCACUCGGAUUCCCGCCGUGGUGGAGCUGGCGAAGUCGUUCUUGCCAGUCGGGAAGACUUUGAACCAGAGCGUAAAUCCUGACGAGGUGAUGCUACACUUGCUCUGCUCGGCUAUAACCUGGCUGCCUCCCGCAGAUCCUCCCCGUUACGUUUCUCGUUGCUGA